AUGCAUUUUAAAGUCGUCUUUCUCUGCAUUACCGUCAUCUCAACGGUUAAAGCCUAUGGAGGUGGAGGUGGCGGAGGAGGAGGAGGAGGAGGUGGUGCCGGAAGCUACGGAAACGGUGGCGGUAAUUCUGGCGGCAAUAAUGGCGGUGGUCUCUCCUAUGGAAAUGGCAACAUCGGUGGUGGAAGCGACGGAGGAUACUCUUCAAUGGAAGGAGCCGGCAACGGCAACUACGGUUCCAGCAACUCACUGGCGGUGAUGAGCAGCCAACGACCGGUGCAGUACCGCGACGUGCCCGUUCCGCCUCGAUCGUACGUCAGGCCAAACAACGUCUACGUCGACUCUCAGCCCACUCCGCUGAAUCUGGUCUUCCGCUCCACCUCCAGUCCGGUGAACAUUGACAGCCAGCACUCGGGCGGACGGGGCAGCUUCCAGUCCAGUCAGUCCACCGACGAGCCGCACAUUCGCGUGCUGACGGUGACCAAGCCAAUAAUAAGUGAAAUCAGAGAGAUCGUCAUGCCGAUCCGGCGCAUUCGUCAGCAGGUGCAGCCGUUGAUGGAGGAGGUGCAAACGGUGGUGUCCAGAGCUGCUCAAAAUGGAGGAGGAGGUCAAGGAGGAUUCGGAGCAGGAGGAGGUGCUCAAGGCGGAGGUAAUGGCAACGGAUUUGGCGGUGGUGGCAAUGGCGGUAACGGUGGCAACAACUUCAAUGGUCCUCAAGGAGGUGGUGGUGGUGGUGGUGAAGGAUUCGAUGGUGCUGAUAAUGGCGGCAAUAAUAGCGGAUUCGGUAGUGGUGCUGGUGGUGCUGGUGGUGGUAGUGGAGGCGGCAACGGUGGAUUUGCUGGCGCAAGAGGUGGAGGUUUUGGCGGCAGAAGUUUUGGCGGUGCUGGUGCUGGAAUUGGUAACGGACACUCUUUUGCCCAAGGUGGUGGUGAAGGAGGUCGUUCGGCUGCUUAUGGCAAUGGAGGUGUCGGUAAUGGUGGUGCUGGUGGCGCUGGUGCUGGUUAUCCUUCAGCCAUGUACUAG